AUAAGUUUUAGCGUGUAGAGCAUAAAUAAAAUGAACAUUAAAGCAAUUAUUUGUGAUAUAGAAGGAACAACUACAUCAAUUUCUUUUGUUAAAGACACAUUGUUUAAAUAUGCAUACUUUAAUUGUGAAAAAUUCAUAAAUGAUAAUUUUAAGGAACAGGAAAUACAGUCUAUUGUCGAGAAUCUUUGUGUUGAGGCUAGAAAUGAUAAAAAUGAAAUUGCUGAAAGUGAUAAUGUAAACGAAUAUGCUCACAAUAUAGCACGUUAUGUACAGCAAUUGAUCGAUCAGGAUCGAAAAGUAAGUUCUUUGAAACUCCUUCAAGGGAAAAUAUGGAAAUAUGCAUUUGAGUCUAAACUUGUUACUGGACACUUGUUUGAGGAUGUACUAAGAAAUUUCCAAAAAUGGACAGCAAAUGGAAUAAAAAUUUACAUUUAUUCUUCUGGGUCGGUAGAGGCUCAAAAACUUCUUUUCAAAUACUCGAUAAGUGGAGAUCUCUCAGCAUACAUAACUGAUUAUUUUGACACCAACGUUGGACACAAGCAGGAACCAAAGAGCUAUGAAAACAUUCUCAAUCAAAUUAGUUUUGAGGGUAAACACGUGUUGUUUCUCUCAGACAUCCCAAAUGAAUUGUUUGCAGCAGAUCAUGCUGGCAUUCAAACAUUGUUACUUCGUAGGCCAAAUAAUUAUGAGAUAAGUGAGGAUGAUAAAUCACGUUUAUCAAUUGUAGAUAAUUUUGAUGAAAUAAAAUUGAAAUAAAAUCCAGGUGUUGAUUAAAGG